CGGAAGAGGAGGAGUUCGGGUCAAAAUGAGGGAAAAUAAGAACAUGUCCGAGUCCCCGUCCCGAGCUGCAAAAGAAGCUCCGGCAAAGAAACAGAAACUCAGCAGCGACGAGAACAGCAACCCGGACUUAUCCGGAGACGAAAACGAUGACGCCGUCAGCGUGGAGAGCGGCAAUAACGCCGAGCGGCCCGACACGCCCACCAACACCGCUAAUGCCCCCGGCAGGAAGAGCUGGGGCAAGGGCAAGUGGAAGUCCAAGAAGUGCAGAUACUCCUUCAAGUGUGUCAACAGCCUGCGGGAGGACCACGGACAGCCUCUGUUUGGGGUCCAGUUUAACUGGCACAGUAAGGAAGGAGACCCGCUGGUGUUCGCUACAGUUGGAAGUAACCGGGUGACUCUGUAUGAGUGUCACUCUCAGGGAGAAAUCAGAUUACUGCAGUCGUACGUGGACGCUGACGCCGAGGAGAACUUCUACACCUGCGCCUGGACCUACGACACCAACACCAGCCACCCCCUGCUGGCCGUGGCCGGCUCCCGCGGCAUCAUCCGGGUCAUCAACCACGUCAGCAUGCAGUGCAUCAAGCAUUAUGUAGGUCACGGCAACGCCAUCAACGAGCUCAAGUUUCACCCGCGGGAUCCCAACCUGCUGCUGUCUGUGAGCAAAGAUCACGCUCUGCGACUGUGGAACAUCCAGACAGACACUUUAGUGGCCAUAUUUGGAGGAGUGGAGGGUCACCGAGACGAAGUGCUGAGUGCCGAUUUCGACCUGCUUGGUGAGAAGAUCAUGUCCUGCGGGAUGGACCACUCCCUCAAACUGUGGCGGAUCAACUCCGAGAGGAUGCAGCGAGCCAUCAGAGGCUCCUACGAGUACAACCCGUCCAAGACGAACAGGCCGUUCGUGUCUCAGAAGAUCCACUUUCCUGACUUCUCCACGCGAGACAUUCACAGGAACUAUGUGGACUGCGUGCGCUGGCUCGGAGAUCUCAUCCUGUCCAAGGUCAGUGAACGUCUCACUGACAGUGAACCGCACUGUCCCUGCUGUCCUGAACGUUGGCGUGACCCUGAAGGGCGAUUUUGUUGCGUCCAGUCGUGCGAGAACGCCAUCGUCUGCUGGAAACCGGGAAAGAUGGAGGACGACAUCGACCACAUUAAAGCCAACGAGUCCAACGUGACCAUCCUGGGACGCUUCGACUACAGCCAGUGUGACAUCUGGUACAUGCGCUUCUCCAUGGACUUCUGGCAGAAGAUGCUCGCUCUGGGGAACCAGGUGGGGAAGCUCUACGUGUGGGACCUGGAGGUGGAGGAUCCACAUAAAGCCAAGUGCACCACCCUGACGCUCCCCAAAUGCACCUCCGCCAUCAGACAGACCAGUUUCAGUCGCGACAGCAGUAUUUUAAUCGCGGUGUGUGACGACGCCUCCAUCUGGCGCUGGGACAGGCAGCGCUGAAGCCCCCCCCCAGCCCUCCUCCUCGGCCCUCCCCUGCUGGCCCCCCCCUGCUGGACGGAGAACCACUGCGGAAGACCUUCCCAUUCCGAUGUGGCGAAGUGAAUGCGUGUCUCGCUGUUGUGUUUCGUAACGAGCGAAAGUGGCGUCUGUUCUUUCAGAUGAGUCGUGUGCCUUCCUCUUCUCUCUGCAGCCUUUUCUAUCACUCGAACCCCCCCCCCCUCCCCCGACCCUCUCUCCACGCUGAAGCCCCUCCCUCCCCACCGCCCACAGGUUUAUUGUAUGUCAGUGUCCUCCGUGAGUUCGCUCAAUAAAACCAG